AUGGCCUAUACACUUUGGGUUGGUCUAUUACUGAUUUCUUUUUCUUUUGCAGCAAUUACAGAAGAAAAUGAUGUAUGGGUCCUUAAUGAGUCAAAUUUCCAAGAAGCUUUAGACAUCCAGCCAGACCUGCUAGUAGAAUUUUAUGCUCCAUGGUGUGGACACUGCAAAAAGCUUGCCCCAGAAUACGCAAAAGCAGCUAAAAUCCUCAAAUCCAAAACUCCAUCAGUCAGAAUUGCUAAAGUUGAUGCUACACGAAACUCAAAUCUUGCAUCAGAGCAUGGAAUAGAAGGCUACCCUACCCUAAAAUAUUUCGUAAAUAAAAAAGCUACUGAAUACUCUGGCGGAAGAACCGAAGACACUAUAGUCUCUUGGGUUUGGAAAAAAGCAGGGCCAGCUACUAUAAUUAUUGACAAUUUAUCUGACCUUAAAAAACAAUUAGAAAAUGCUAAAGUUUCAGUCGUGCUUUUUGCUCAAAAAGAUGCUGCUGAAGCAAGCAUUUUCGAAAAAGUCGCUAAAAACUUCGAAGACCUUGAAUUUUAUUUGUCCACAGAUUCUGCAGCUCUUCAAGAAUAUGGAGUUACUGAACCAAAAGUAAUUUUGUUUAAACGAUUUGACGAUAAAGAAGACAGAUAUGAUGGAGAAUUUACCCAACCAGAAUUGAUACAAUGGGUUGAGGGAAAUAAAAAGCCAUUGCUUAUGAAAUUUGAUGACGCAGCAAUUGAAUAUAUUUUCACAAAUCAGCACCCUUGUGUAUUUUUAUUCAGGUUUGAAAAUGAUACUGCUCAGUAUCACCAAAUGGUAUCAAAAGUAGGGAAAGAAUUUAAAAAAGACAUUGCCUUUUCAUAUGCAGAUCUUUCACUAAUUUCAUCUAUUAAAUAAAAAAAAUUAAUUUUUUAAAAAAAUAUUUUGGCUAAUACAGAUCUUGUUUUUUAAAUUAGAAGAGGUAAGUGAAAUGAAAAGACUUGGAGAAUAUUUAGGAUUUGGCGUCAAAGAUAUGCCAACUGUUGCUAUUGUGGACCACAAAGACGGGCUUAACAAAUACAGAAUAUCUGAACCGCUAAGUGAGGUUUCAAUAAAAACUUUCAUUCAAGACUGGAAAGACCAAAAACUCACCCCAUUUUUAAAAUCAGAUCCGAUCCCAGAUAACGAGUUUGACGGAAGCGUAAGAAUUUUGGUCGGGAACAACUUUGAAAGCGUCGUUUAUGACCCAACCAAAGACGUCCUCGUAGAGUUUUAUGCGCCUUGGUGUGGCCAUUGCCAAGCCCUUGCUCCUGAUUAUGAAAAACUUGCUGCUGAGCUUAAAAGUAACCCUAAUAUUAUUAUAUCAAAAGUAGACGGCACUACAAAUGAAGUCAAAGGCGUUAACAUCUCAUCAUUCCCUACACUGAAAUGGUUCCCUUCUAAUAACAAAAAAGGUAUAGAUUUCGAUGGAGAAAGAACUUAUGAUGGGCUGCUCAAGUUCGUGACUGAAAAAGCUACAGCCAAAACAGCUGAAAAAACAGAUCUUUAA